UAGGCUGCACGGCGGCGUUAUAAAAGGCGCGUCCGGCGGGGCUCAGGCACAGUUGAUCUGCCUCAGACAUCCUGUGACUGCACCCAUCGCCAUGAAGCUGCUGGUGAUUGCCGCCCUGCUGGCCGUGGCCGCCGCCCGGCCCCAGGACCCGGCCUACGACCCCGCUGAGGAGCUCCGAGCCGCCGGCAUCGUCCGCAUGGAUAUGGUCCAGAACGACGACGGCUCCUUCCAGUACGGCUACGAGACGGCCGGUGAGGGCCAGGAGAGCUCCCAGGACGUGUCCGGACGGCCCGAGCAGAUCGGAGAGGAGGUCGGCAUCGUCAGCCAGGGCACCUACUCGUUCGUCGCCAAGGACGAGGACGGAAACGACGUGCCGGUCACCAUCACCUGGCGGGCCGGCCCCGAGGGCGUUGUGAUGGAGGGCGCCGCCAUCCCGGUGGCUCCCGAGGACCCCAACAAGGCUGCCCAGGACGCCGCCUACGCCGCUGCCGCCGGCGCCGGCGACUUCUAAAUCCACGAACUGAUGUCAACACUAAAUCUACUUUAUGAAUUGGGAUAUUGGAAAGGAUUGUCUGAAAGUCAGUGUGCUCGCUGUCAUCGAACCAUGUAUUUCAAAUACAUCUUCAGAAUGUGAA